AUGAUAGAAGAAAUUAAAUAUUACGAAGAAUUAGAAGAAUUUUUAAACUCUUCACUUUAAUCUCAUUAGGUUCUCCAUAUUAAUCUGACUAAAUGGAAAAAAAUUAGUGCAAUGGGCGCAUCAGGCUUAGGUUGUGUUAUAGUAAAAUGCACUAAUUUCUCAAAUUGGAUACUUAAACUUUAGUGGAAUUAAAUUGGUGAUAAAGGUAUAUCAGCCUUAGGUACUGCUUUAGCAAAUUGCAGUAAUCUCUCAAAUUUGACACUUGACCUUGGUGAAAACAAAAUAGGUGCAAUGGGUAUAUCAUUCUUAGGUUCUGCUUUAGCAAGUUGCACUAAUCUCUCAAAUUUGACACUUUCACUUUAUGACAAUUAAAUUGGUGAUGAAGGUACAUCAGUCUUAGGUUCUGCUUUAGUAAAUUGCACUAAUCUCUCAAAUUUGGCACUAUACCUUAUUUACAAUUAAAUUGGUUUAAUGGGUACAUCAAGAUUAGGUUCUACUUUAGCAAAUUGCACUAAUCUCUCAAAUUUGGUCCUUGACCUUGGUCGCAAUUAAAUUGGUACGAUGGGUACAUCAGGCAUAGGUUCAGCUUUAGCAAAUUGCACUAAUCUCUCAAAUUUGGCACUUUACCUUAGUUGCAAUUAAAUUGGUGCAAUUGGAGCAUCAGCCUUAGGUUUUGCUUUAGCAAAUUGCAUUAAUCUCUCAAAUUUGACACUUGGCCUUGGGGAGAAUUUAAUUGGUGCAAUCGGAGCAUCAGAUUUAGGUUCUGCUUUAGUUAAUUGCAUUAAACUCUCAAAGUUAAGAAUUGAUCUUUAUGAUAAUAAAAUUGGUGCAAUCGGUACAUCAGGCUUAGGUUCUGCUUUAGCAAAUUGCACUAAUCUUUCUAAUUUGACACUUAACCUUAUUGGCAAUUAAAUUGGUGAUGAAGGUACAUCAGGUUUAGGUUGUACUUUAUCAAAUUACACUAAUCUCUCAAAUUUAACACUUUACCUACGUCGCAAUUAAAUUGGUGCAAUGGGUGCAUCAAGCUUAUCUUCUGUUUUAGCAAAUUGCACUAAUCUCUCAAAUUUGAAACUUGAACUUGGGUAAAAACAGUUUAUUUAUUUUCGAAUGUGA